AUGGCCAACGUUGUUCUCGUCACUGGAGGCUCUGGGCUCAUCGGAAAGGCCCUGCAACAUAUAAUCGAGACUGAGCCUGUUGGAUCGCGGUUCGGAAAGCUUCCCAAUGAAAAUUGGAUAUUUGUUGGCUCAUCGGAGGCCGAUCUGAGGGACCCCACAGCGACAUUGAAGCUGUACGAAAAAUAUAAGCCAACCCAUGUAAUUCACCUUGCUGCCCUUGUCGGAGGUCUCUUCAAGAACAUGAAAUACAAACUGACAUUCCUCCGCGACAACAUGCUGAUGAACGACAACAUUCUUCACGCGUCUCACACACAUCAAACGACCAAGCUUAUCUCAUGUUUAUCAACUUGCGUCUUCCCCGACAAAGUUGAAUACCCUUUGGAUGAGAACAAGAUCCAUCUAGGUCCACCCCACGACAGUAACUUUGGUUAUGCCCAUGCAAAGCGGAUGGUUGAUGUACAAAACCAUGCAUAUAACGAGCAAUUCGGUUGCAAGUUCACAUCCGCCAUCCCCACCAACAUCUUUGGCCCUCACGACAACUACGAUUUGGAAGGCGCACAUGUUAUACCUGCUCUCGUCCACCGAUGCUAUCUCGCCAAGAAGAACGGCACACCCUUCAUCGUCGCUGGCACAGGAAAACCUCUCCGUCAGUUCAUUUUCUCCUACGAUCUCGCCAAACUUUUCGUGUGGAUGCUUCGGGAAUACGACGAAAUUGAGCCAAUCAUACUCUCCGUCGGGGAAGACGAGGAAGUGAGUAUCAAAGAGGUUGCGGAUGCCAUCGUCAAGGCUGUUGGCUUCGAGGGCGAAUAUUCCUUCGAUACUACCCGUGCUGAUGGCCAGUUCCGCAAGCCCGCAACGAACAAGAAGCUCAUCGACCGUAUUGGAGGGUUCCAAUUCACCCCCUUCCAAGAAGCAUUGGAUCUCAGUGUCAAAUGGUUUGUCGAAAACUACGAUACUGCACGUACAGGAGUCAAGAAGGAUUGA